AUGUAUAACUUAUGGCUAUCAUUAUCAUUAAGGGUAAAAGAGGGAACGGAUAAUGUUCCAAAUUCGAAUUUUCAAAAUGUGACGUCACCAAACGAAACUUCCGGUACGGAUUCCAUAACAGUAACAAAAGCCGUUUAUCAAGAAGUAAGAAAAAUAAUGCCGGAAACGGAACUUCCAUGCGUUGCUCCAGUACCGCAAAAUCAAGAAAAUAUCGGUUAUAUUCUUUUAGGUUUUAAAAGCCUGGAUAAAAAUUUCAGUCAGGUUAUGUUGGACACGUGGAAAGAUUGGACCGGUGCAAGAUACAUAUACAUGUACCUUCCAGAUGACCUUGGAUUGAGAAGAAUAAGUUUAUACCAUCGACAGUAUCCGACGGAUGAUAUAAAUAUAUUCAUGUACCUGGUUUUGGUUGAAUGUCACGGAAUCACAACCGAUGAAAAAAUGGUUCAAUUGAUUGAUUUUGCUCAAAGGAUGAGACUGGAAAGACUUACUGGAUACAUAUCCGUUUAUGCUGGAGAUAAAUUCGGAUCAUCGAAUUCCUCGCCGUCACUUUUCGAAUCGACGAAAAUAAACGAUUUGGAUUUUGUUUUAUCCGAUCGGAAAAAUCUCAUAAUUCCAGGAGAUAUAUUUUCCAUCGAAUCUUUCGAUCGGGAUUCACGGUUCCAGCAUUAA